GUGGUUUUUGAGUAGAGGUGGGCUAGAUCUAUUGGGCUCCCGGUUCGGUCUCGAAUUCAUAAUUCCCCGCCGCAUUUUUCAAAACUGUAAUUCAAUUUCAAAGUUGAAAAACCACCGUGAGGCGGGGCUCCAUUUACCCUCCCGCGAACAAAUCUCCUCUUUUUCGAUUCCGCCAUGGCAGCUUCUCCAUGACCCUCACUCUCACCGACUCUUCCCUCAAUUCUUUUCCAUCCUCAUUUUCACCCUUUCGCCAAUUCCCAGCAUUAUUCCCAACACUUUCACGCGAUUCCCACGGUUAGGGUUUCAAUUUUCAAUUUUCAAUUUUCAAUUUUCAUCUCUCUUAAGAUCCAAUCCAUGGAAAGCGAAGACAAUUUCAGCGACACGGUUAUCAAAACCCGCUCCGCUCUCACAGACAUGACCAAUCGCCCUUUGAAGAGGCAGCUUUCGUCGAUUUCCGGCGACGUCGGAGUCGAGAAUUUACUCAAAAAGAAAUGCCUCAACAUUAACAGAGAUGAUAAGGGGAAAAAUCUCUGUGUCGAGUUACCCCUUUCCGGCAAUAAUUCGUCUCAAGAACCGAGCUUACCCAGUGCCGGAACUGAUGAUUCCAAUGAUAGUUUUGUUGGCUUUAGUCAGAAAAGUCAAGGAGGAUCGCUCAAUUACGAUUUUCUAGAUCGUGCUUUUGAACGUGAUGAUGAUAGGGAGAAUUGUGCUUUGGACAAUUUGGGAUUGCCCAAAUGUGCAGGUAUUGCGGUGGAGCCAUCAACUGUGUCUGGUUCUAAGUUUCCAGGAUUGGAACGGUGCUCGGGACUUAAAAGUCACGCUGGUGAGAAUUCAGAUGCACAUGUUGGUGGUGAUGCUAGUGUUGAACUUCUGAAAAAUUGUACUUGUUCCUUUUGCUCCAAAGCUGCUUAUAUCUGGUCGGAUCUUCAUUACCAGGAUGUCAAGGGAAGACUAACCGCUCUAAGGAAGAGUCAGAAGGAAGCAAGAUUGGUUGUUCAAAAAGUUUCUGGAAUAAAUGAUACUCGUACUAUCAUAAAUGAGCAACAAGGCGCCACUGAUCCAUCCGAUUUAGAAUCAACCCUUAUGCAUCAGUGGAAAUCUCUGUUUGUUUAUAUGGAAAACAUACUGGGUCAUGAAAGCAGGCAACUUGAAUCAAGCUUUGAAAAACUAAAAGACUUGAGAGAGAACUGCAAGAAUGAUCUUGAGUCAACUACCAACAGCAGUUCGGGCAAUCAUUAGUGUUUGGAUGUCUUUUUAGAUUGUAAGAUUACUUUGCACAUCGGUCUCAGUUUCGGGUUUCAAUUCAUGUGUAGAUUUUUUACUGUAUCUUUUGUGAAUUCAGCGUCUGUAGAAUACCUGGAAGUAUUUGAGUAGAUUUGUCACAUCGGCCUUUUCUAUUGAUUAUAUUAUGAGUGAAAUCAACCUUCUUUGGAGGAUAA